AUAGGAAAAGCUCACUUGCUGGGAACCCGGAUGAAAUGACAUCCAUUUGGUCGUGCGUUGCCAAAAUGUGUCCAGUUACGCUUAUUCGAGAUAUGUAGAUGUUUGCUCAAGCGAGAAGAAGAAAAAAACAGGGGAAAAAAAAACAAGGGUAUAACAGGAGGGCGCGCUCAGGACGCUCCAUUCCCACACGCGGGAUCCGCUCCGGGUUUUGCCGCCCCGCUCAUCGCAGCGCGUGCACCUUCCCCGACUCUCAACAGUCCGGCGUUGCUGUGCAGGCAGAUGUUCCUCCUCCGAUGCGUAUUCUUACAAUCGCUGCGUGCGGAGAAGGUGUUUCUUUGGCGCGGAGAAAAGUGAAACUGGACGGAAACUGCUCCUCGGCUCCGAGGGAGAGGGAGAGUUGUGGACGCAUUGGCGGCUUUGGAGAGGCACGGCACGGCGAGAAAAUACUAAAUUGAGGGCGGAGAGCGAGGCAGCACUUUUAUUUACCACACCUGUGAUGCGUUUGUUGUGAGCAACGAAGACGCACGACCGGGAUACUGGUGACCACGGUGCGGCAGGAGGAUACGUGCUGAGGAGAGGACUUGGGCGUAGUGAACAAGGCGGUUAAGAGCUACAGAGGACACUCUCCGGACCUUGGUCUUUUUAAAGCCCAGCUGUGCCGGUGUUUUUCGGCUCUGCUGCCUGUCUUUUGAAACUUGGGCGACCCCUUUUUUUUUUUUUUCCUUAAAGAAGAAAGAGAAAGCGGGAAGAUGCCCUCACUUCUGGGCCCCUUUGUCCAAUGCGGGUUCAGCGCCGCUCGGCUCCUCGCGCUCGGGCUCGUCUUCGCGGGCUUCACCUGCACUGGGUCGGAGCACGCCACAGCAACACUUCCUGCCGCCUUUUCUGACCUGUUGCCCCACUUCCUGGUGGAGCCGGAGGACGAGUUCAUUGUGAAGAACAAGCCGGUGACGCUGACCUGCCGCUCCACCCCGGCCACGCAGAUCUACUUCAAGUGCAACGGCGAGUGGGUUCACCAGGACGACCACCUGAUCGAGCGGACCGUCGACCCAGCCACAGCGCUGCCAAUCAUGCAGGUGACAAUUGACAUUACCAGACAGCAGGUGGAGAAGAUCUUCGGCCUGGAUGAGUACUGGUGUCAGUGUGUCGCCUGGAGCACCACCGGAACCCAGAAGAGCCAAAAAGCGUACAUCAGGAUUGCUUACCUGAGAAAAAACUUUGAGGAGGAGCCACAGGGUAAAGAGGUCGCAUUGGACCAGGAGGUGUUACUGCGCUGCCAUCCCCCCGAGGGAGUGCCACAAGCUGAGGUGGAGUGGCAGAGAAACGAGGAUGUGAUCAACCCAGCGAGUGACCCCAAUGUUUUCAUCACGACUGACUACAAUCUUGUCAUCAAAAAAGCCCGUCUGGCAGACACGGGCAACUACACGUGUGUGGCCAAAAACAUUGUUGCACGCCGCAAAAGCCCCUCGGCCACAGUCCUGGUCUACGUCAACGGCGGCUGGUCCACGUGGACCACCUGGUCGUCCUGCAGCGCCGUGUGUGGGCGCGGCUGGCAGAAGAGGAGUCGGAGCUGCACCAACCCCACGCCACUGAAUGGAGGCACAUCCUGUGAGGGGCAGAACGUCCAGAAAAGUGCCUGCGUGGCCACCUGUCCAGUGGACGGAGGCUGGAGCGAGUGGAGCAAGUGGUCCGCAUGUGGUGCAGACUGUUCGAUGUGGAGGAGCAGGGAGUGCACCCAGCCCUCACCUGGCACCGGGGGCAAAGACUGCCAGGGGCUCGACCUCCAGUCUCUCAACUGUACCAGUGAGCAGUGCCCGCAGACCGUGAGCGGAGCCGAGGACGUGGCGCUCUACGUGGGCAUGGUGGCGGUGGCUCUGUGUCUGACCCUGCUGCUCAUCGUGGUGGUCCUGGUCUACCGGCGCAAGAAGGAGGACUUGGAUGCCGACGUGGCAGACUCCUCCAUCCUCACCACUGGCUUCCAGCCCAUGGGCAUCAAGCCCAGUAAGCCAGGUGUGUGGGCACCGCGGCCACGCAGGCCUCCCCCCCACAGCAAGAAUUCCCAUUUGCUCACCAUCCAGCCUGACCUGACCUCCACCACCACCAGUUACCAAGGCACCCUGCGCUCUCGCCACGACGCCACCGGCAAGUUCUCCAUGACCAACGGGCCUCUGCUCGACCCGCUUCCCAACGGCUCACACACUCUGCACAACGGCAAACUGAACCCCGACCCUGCGGAGUUUGUGAGCCGGCUGUCCACGCAGAGCUACUUUAAAACUCUGCCCCGCGAUGUGGCCAACAGCUCCUUCGGGACCUUCAACUUCCUGGGAGGCAGGCUGACCAUCCCCAGCACAGGAAUCAGCCUGCUCAUUCCUCCCGAGGCCAUCCCCAGAGGAAAGAUCUAUGAGAUUUAUCUCACUGUUCAGAGGAAGGAAGAUUUAAGGUUACCCCUGGCCGGCUGCCAGACCCUGCUCAGCCCCGUCGUGAGUUGUGGCCCUCCUGGGGUGGUCCUGAGCCGGCCAGUUAUCCUCAGCAUGGACCACUGCUCUGACGCGUGCCUUGAUAACUGGGCCGUCCGCCUCAAGAAGCAGAACUAUGAGGGUACUUGGGAGGACGUCCUGCUGAUGGGGGAGGAGCUGGUGUCGGAGCCCUAUUACUGCCAGCUCGAGGCCGAGACCUGCCGCCUUUUCUCGGAGCAGCUGGGCACCCUCGCCCUGGUGGGCGAGUCCCUGCACAUGGGCGCCGCCAAGCGCCUCAGACUGGUGCUCUUCUCCGACGCGUACUGCUCCACGCUGGAGUACAACAUCAGGGUCUACUGCAUGGAUGACACACAAGAUGUUUUCAAGGAGGUGAUGCAGAUGGAGCGGCAGCUCGGGGGUCGGCUGAUUGACGAGCCUCACGUCCUGCUUUUUAAAGACAGCUACCACAACCUGCGCCUGUCCAUCCACGACAUGCCCCAGGCACACUGGAGGAGCAAGCUGCUAGCUGGCUACCAGGAGAUCCCGUUCUACCACAUCUGGAACGGUUCCCAGCGGUACCUGCACUGCACGUUCACUCUGGAGCGGCUCAGCCUCAGCACCUGCGAGCUCACCUGCCAGCUGUGCGUGUGGCAGGUGGAAGGAGAGGGACAGAGCUUUAGCCUCGACUUUAACAUCGCCAAGGACAUCCGAGCUGUGGACUCUGAGUUUCUGUUAAUGGACAGUACCGCUGCAGCUCUGGCAGGGCCCAGCGCCUUUCAGAUCCCGUACCUCAUCAGGCAGAAGAUAUGCAGCAGCCUGGAUGCCCCCUGUCCCAACGGAGCCGAUUGGAGAAUGCUAGCACAAAGACUUAAACUAGAGAGACACAUGAGUUUCUUUGCAUCCAAAGCGAGCCCCACCUCUGUGAUCCUGGACCUGUGGGAGGCACAACAUUUCCACAGCGGCAACAUCAACCAGCUGGCCACGGUCAUGGCUGACAUCGGCAAACAAGAAGCCAUGAUAUUCCUGGUCUCCGAUGGCGAGUGCUAACCCAGACGGGGG